AUGUACGUGGAACUGAGUGAAGACUUACAGAUGCUAUCCGGUCUUCUUAUAACUCAAUUUGUGUAUGGAACGAUUUCUACGAUGCUCUAUUCUCUCACUGUUAUCUUUCUGAUUAAAAAUUGGAAACAUUUUGAUAAUUAUUUCUUCAAAUUGUAUAUUUACCAGUUUAUUUUUAAUAUGUGGAUGUACUGGAACUUCUAUGUCACUGGACGUCUUCCUGCCAGCACCUGUAGAGAAUGCGCUCUUUCCUCAUGGUUCGACUCUUUAUCAAAGUCUUCCGACUCAUCCUUUCCAUACAAUUUCUUCUUUUUCACACAAUAUCACUUGGGGUUCAUGAGUUAUACCAACGUUUUACUGACGUCUUUCAAUCGCUACACUCUGAUAUUUAUGCAGAAAAUCUACACAAAAAUAUGGCACUAUGGGACAUAUAUAAUCAUAGGUAUUUUCUGUUUACUUCCUCUUGGGUUUACGUAUCCAGUACUGGCUAAUCGUGCCUACGUCGAAUACAACCCGUUAUCGGAUACCUACGUAGUAAGGACUGAAGCGAAUCUAUCUUCCUUGUACUCUGCUUUACUCGUCUGGAUGAUUGUUACGAUGAUUUUGAGUUUGUUUGUGAAUACCCUAUGUUGGUAUAAAAUAUCAAAGUACAGUAAAGCAACUCGACAACAAAACGAUUACCGGUUAUUUUUGGUUUCUUUUGUGACUUUUCUAAUCCAAGGCAUGGUUUUCUGUAUAGGUACUAUAAACAAAAUCUCAGCGGAUAGAGAUCCAUCAAAACUCUUAUUGAUCAGUCGGAUUGGCCAAGUGAUGAGUCCGUUUGCCAAUGACUUGCUCACUCUUUCCACACCCUAUGUUUUGAUUAUUUUCAGUAAACGUACGACCUCCCAUAUUCUAGAACUCUCCCACAUUUACUCUCAUCUUCAGAUCCGUCAAUCCGUCAAACAAUUCUUUGUCAAAGGAUCAUUCGCCCCAUCAUCCAUAACUCCCAUCCAGAAUAUUCGUACCUCCAGAAGUGUUCUAUCCAAAAUAUAA